GCCGGGAGGUGAAGAAUGGCGGAGAAGGGCGGGGUUUCCAGGCAUGCUGCACCAACCGGUGGGAUCAACAAAGAAGGCACUUCCGUUCCGCCACAGAUCUUGUUCUUAACUGAGGCAGAGCCCCUUGGGGAAUGUAAUGAGUGUUGCACGUAUUGAUUGCCAUGGGUUCCCGAUGGCGCCAGCUGCAGUGCUUGGUUCAGAUAUUUCGCCCAGAGGUUCGCCUGUUGCCAGCUACCUGUCAGUGGCGAAAUCCCGUUAGGUUCUGGCACAACUCUGCUGUCAAUUAUCGCCAGCCGCCAUCCGGCGAUGGACCGGCUCGGGGAAAGAGUGGGGCUGGUACGCUCUCUUCCUGGGGGACGGAAGACAACGAGGAGGGGGACCUGGUAGACAACGACGAUGAAGAAGAAGAAGACCUGGAUGUAGAAGACAAGCUGUUGGAGGAGUCCAGAUUACCGUUUGUCUCGCUGGAGGCUCAAAGAGUGUUUAUUGUACACCCGGCUGUGAAAUGGGGACCUGACAAGCCGAAGCUGACCACAGCUGAAUUGCAGCUAGCUGAAGCUGUUACUCUAAUAAACACCCUUCAAAACUGGACCGUGAUAGAUAAAAUCAUUCUGCCUAUACAAAUUCCUGACAAGAAAUUUAUCUUUCAGAAAGGAAAUUUUCAACUUCUAACUGAAAAAAUUAAAAGUUUGCCCUUUUUAUCAUCUGUCUUCGUAAAUGUAGAAAUGCUCUCUCCUGUAGCUAAAAAAGAACUUGAAAAAGCCUGGGGUGUGAAGGUUUUUGACAGAUACACCAUUGUCCUUCAUAUUUUCCGAUGUAAUGCUCAAACAAAGGAGGCAAAACUCCAGAUAGCUUUGGCUGAACUGCCACUUCUAAGAACCAAUGUGAGAAAUGAGGUUGCUCAAUUAGAUCAACAGAGAGGGGGCUCAAGAUACAUUAUGGGAUCAGGUGAAACUUUCAUGGAAAUUCAGCUUCGUCUCUUAAAAGAAAAAGAAGUUAAAAUUCAAAAGGCUCUAAGGAAGCUUAAAAAAAAUAGAAGUUUACUCAGAAAACAACGGAAGAAGUAUGAAUUUCCAAUUAUUUCAGUAAUGGGCUAUACUAAUUGUGGGAAAACCACUCUAAUCAAGGCCCUCACAGGAGAUGCAAAGCUACAGCCUCGAGAUCAACUUUUUGCCACAUUGGACAUUACAGCACAUGCUGGCUACCUGCCAUCUCGAUUGACUGUUCUGUAUGUUGAUACCAUUGGAUUUCUCUCUCAGUUGCCCCACAAUCUUGUUGAAUCAUUUUCAGCUACAUUAGAAGAUGUAGCCUGCUCAGAUUUGAUUCUUCAUGUGAGAGACGUUAGCCAUCCAGAAACCAGCCUCCAGAAGAAAACUGUAUUAUCAGUUCUCAAGAAUCUUAAUAUUCCCAAUCAUCUACUUGAAUCCAUUAUUGAAGUACACAACAAAGUGGAUUUAGUAGAUAGGUAUCAACCUACAGAACAAAAUGCUAUAGUCACUUCAGCUCUCCUUGGACAUGGUUUAAAAGAGCUGAAAGAAGAAAUUGAGGAAAGAGUUUUGAAAGGAACUGGGAAAAAAAUUAUGACAAUUAAAAUCAAUUUAUCUGGACCGCAGCUCAGCUGGCUGUACAAAGAAGCAGUAGUACAAGAAGUUGAUGUUGCUCCUGAAGAUAAUACAGCUAAAGUAAGGGUCAUUAUAAGCGACUCUGCCCUGUGGAAAUGCAAACGACUAUUUCCUCAGUCUAGUUAUUUGUCUUGAUAGCCACAACCUGUUUGCUUCUGGGAGAAAGAUCCUCCAGCAAUUUUUUAAGAGACAAGAGCUCCAAUCACAGUGAUGAGACUAUAGACACAACAUUGACUCCAGUGGACUUAAAAAUUAAUGUAAACAUGGUUAAUAAAAAUGUUACUCCUGCUA